CGCCUGUCGCCAUCUUGCCCCUUCUGAGGCACCGCAAACAAACCCAAUUCCUGGUGUUCCCUAGUCUUGGCGGAGGAGCCUUUUAGAUGAGCCCCGAAAGGCCGGGCAGGGAAGACAAGCUCUUUGGGGCUACCAAAAAGAAGCAGCAAUGCCUGUUGUGUGGCCAACCCUUUUGGAUCUCAGCAGGGAUGAAUGCAAAAGGAUUCUUAGAAAAUUGGAAUUGGAGGCAUAUGCUGGAGUUAUCAGUGCACUUCGGGCACAGGGGGAUCUCACCAAGGAAAAGAAAGAUCUUCUUGGAGAACUCUCAAAAGUUCUUAGCAUCUCAACAGAGCGCCACCGUGCUGAAGUUCGGAGAGCAGUAAACGAUGAACGGUUAACAACAAUUGCACAUAAAAUGAAUUUAUCCUUAUAUUUGGGUGAAAGACCAAGUUACAGUAUGUCUGGACCUAAUAGCUCUUCAGAAUGGUCCAUUGAGGGUCGUCGCUUGGUUCCACUGAUGCCCCGGUUGGUUCCCCAAACCGCCUUCACGGUAACAGCUAACGCUGUUGCCAAUGCAGCUAUCCAGCACAAUGCAUCUCUUCCAGUGCCUGCAGAAACCGGAAGUAAGGAAGUAGUGGUUUGCUAUUCCUACACAAGUACCACGUCAACCCCAACCUCUACCCCUGUUCCAAGUGGCAGCAUAGCAACGGUUAAGUCUCCAAGACCUGCCAGUCCUGCCUCCAAUGUAGUUGUCUUGCCAAGUGGAAGUACUGUUUAUGUCAAAAGUGUUAGCUGUUCAGAUGAAGAUGAAAAACCCAGAAAACGAAGGCGAACAAAUUCUUCUAGCUCCUCCCCCGUUGUCCUAAAGGAAGUUCCAAAGGCUGUUGUUCCGGUCUCAAAGACUAUCACUGUGCCUGUGAGUGGCAGUCCCAAGAUGAGCAACAUCAUGCAGAGCAUUGCCAACUCCUUACCACCCCACAUGUCUCCUGUGAAAAUAACCUUCACCAAACCAUCAACACAGACGACAAACACAACAACACAGAAGGUUAUUAUAGUGACCACAUCACCAAGCUCAACCUUCGUGCCCAACAUUCUCUCCAAAUCCCAUAACUAUGCAGCAGUCACUAAGCUUGUACCAACAUCAGUCAUUGCUUCCACAACCCAGAAGCCACCAGUGGUUAUAACUGCUUCACAGUCCUCCCUGGUCAGUAGUAGCAGCAGUGGCAGCAGCAGUUCUACACCAUCACCUAUUCCUAACACAGUUGCAGUGACAGCUGUGGUAUCUUCCACACCAUCCGUGGUCAUGUCAACAGUAGCACAAGGUGUGUCUACAUCAGCGAUCAAAAUGGCAUCAACCAGGCUUCCUUCCCCCAAAAGUUUAGUGGGCGCCCCAACUCAGAUUCUUGCACAGUUUCCUAAACAGCAUCAACAAUCUCCUAAGCAGCAGUUACAUCAAGUGCAGCAGCAGACACAGCAGCAUGUGGGCCAGCCUGCGCCAGUAUCUCAUCAGCAGCAACCUCAGCAGUCUCCUUUGCCACCGGGUAUCAAGCCAACUAUUCAAAUCAAACAGGAGUCAGGUGUUAAAAUUAUCACACAACAAGUUCAACCAAGUAAAAUCUUACCCAAACCAGUGACAGCAACUCUGCCCACCAGUAGCAAUUCCCCUAUUAUGGUGGUUAGCAGUAAUGGUGCAAUUAUGACAACUAAACUGGUAACCACUCCCACUGGCACACAGGCAACCUAUACCCGGCCGACAGUGAGCCCGUCCAUAGGUCGGAUGGCUGCAACCCCUGGAGCUGCAACUUACGUGAAAACUACCAGUGGUAGCAUCAUUACAGUUGUACCCAAGUCAUUAGCCACCUUGGGGGGCAAGAUAAUUAGCAGUAAUAUAGUUUCUGGAACAACUACCAAAAUCACUACAAUCCCAAUGACUUCCAAGCCUAAUGUGAUUGUUGUGCAAAAGACUACAGGAAAAGGAACGACUAUUCAAGGCCUCCCGGGCAAAAACGUUGUCACAACAUUGCUAAAUGCUGGAGGAGAAAAAACUAUUCAGACGGUGCCAACAGGAGCAAAGCCAGCCAUUAUCACUGCUACAAGACCCAUCACCAAAAUGAUUGUAACUCAACCAAAAGGAAUAGGUUCCACAGUUCAACCAGCAGCUAAAAUCAUCCCGACGAAAAUUGUUUAUGGGCAGCAAGGGAAAACACAGGUUCUAAUUAAACCCAAACCAGUGACAUUUCAGGCCACAGUUGUUAGUGAACAGACAAGGCAACUGGUCACAGAAACAUUACAGCAAGCAUCUAGGGUGGCAGAAGCUGGUAAUUCAUCUAUUCAAGAGGGAAAAGAAGACCCACAGAGUUAUACAGACAGUAGUUCCUCUUCUACAGAGUCCUCCCAAAGUUCCCAAGAUUCCCAGCCUGUAGUUCAUGUAAUUGCUUCCCGGCGUCAGGAUUGGUCAGAACAUGAGAUUGCAAUGGAGACUAGUCCCACCAUAAUUUAUCAGGAUGUAUCCAGUGAAUCACAAUCAGCUACUUCAACAAUCAAAGCUCUGUUAGAACUCCAACAGACAACAGUAAAGGAAAAAUUGGAAUCUAAACCAAGACAACCCACUAUUGACUUGAGUCAGAUGGCAGUGCCUAUUCAGAUGACCCAGGAAAAGAGACAUUCUCCUGAGAGUCCAUCCAUUGCUGUGGUAGAGUCAGAACUAGUUGCUGAAUACAUCACUACUGAACGCACUGAUGAGGGGACAGAGGUUGCUUUUCCCCUUCUAGAUGCUGUGGUGAUUUCUGGAGAAAUAUCAUCACCUCCUCUAUUUUCAGUCAGCCAUCGCUCCCAGCCCCAACAGCCCUCCCAGCCCCAGCGGACCCUGCUCCAGCAUGUGGCUCAGUCACAGACUGCAACACAGACUUCAGUGGUGGUGAAGUCCAUCCCGGCAUCUUCCCCUGGAGCAAUCACCCACAUUAUGCAGCAGGCAUUAAGCAGUCACACUGCUUUUACCAAACACAGCGAGGAACUUGGAACUGAGGAGGGCGAGGUUGAAGAGAUGGACACUUUAGACCCUCAGACAGGUCUGUUUUACCGAUCUGCUCUGACUCAGUCGCAGUCAGCUAAGCAGCAGAAACUUAGCCAGCCCCAGCUGGAACAGACUCAGCUGCAAGUGAAAACUCUGCAGUGCUUCCAGACUAAACAGAAGCAGACCAUCCACCUGCAGGCAGACCAGCUCCAGCACAAACUCCCGCAAAUGCCCCAGCUUUCCAUCAGGCACCAAAAGCUCACCCCUCUCCAGCAAGAACAAGCACAGCCCAAGCCAGAUGUACAGCACACACAGCAUCCCAUGGUGGCCAAAGACAGGCAGCUUCCUACCUUAAUGGCACAGCCCCCGCAGACUGUAGUACAGGUGCUCGCAGUGAAAACCACGCAGCAGCUCCCUAAACUGCAGCAGGCUCCGAACCAACCAAAAAUCUUCGUGCAACCCCAAACCCCCCAGAGCCAAAUGCCGCUCCCAGCUGCAUCAGAGAAACAGCCGGCAAGCCAGGUGGAGCAGCCAAUUAUAACCCAAGGAUCCUCUGUUACAAAGAUAACUUUUGAGGGGCGCCAGCCUCCCACAGUUACAAAGAUAACUGGUGGCAGUUCUGUGCCUAAGCUGACAUCACCAGUUACAAGCAUAUCUCCCAUUCAGGCCUCUGAGAAGACAGCAGUAUCAGACAUUUUGAAAAUGUCUUUGAUGGAAGCUCAGAUUGAUACAAAUGUAGAGCAUAUGGUAGUGGAUCCCCCAAAGAAGGUUCUUGCCACUGGUAUGCUCACUGGUGAAGCAGGAUCAUUACCAUCCACCCAUGUGGUGGUGGCAGGGAUGGCGAAUUCCACUCCCCAGCAACAGAAAUGUAGAGAGUCCUGUUCAAGUCCAUCUGCUGUUGGCCCUCCCUUAACGACAAGGAAAAUCGAUGCACCAGGAGUGCCUACGACAGGCCAGUUCAUGCGUAUUCAGAAUGUAGGCCAAAAGAAAGCUGAAGAGAGCCCAGCAGAAAUUAUCAUCCAGGCCAUUCCCCAGUAUGCUAUUCCUUGUCACUCCAGUUCCAACGUGGUUGUAGAGCCCAGUGGGCUUCUUGAGCUAAACAACUUCACUAGCCAGCAGUUGGAUGACGAUGAGACGGCAAUGGAGCAAGACAUAGACAGUAGCACAGAGGAUGGAACCGAGCCCAGCCCCUCUCAGAGUUCUGCUGAACGGUCCUAAAUUUUUGAAAACAGGCGUGCACUUUAAAACCUACUUGGUUACCAAGUGUCCAGGGAAGCCCUUGAUUUUUAAUGUCUAAAGAUAGCACUUUGCCCAUGCUUAGGCUAUGGACCCCAAAAUCACAGUGUUUCAACAAGAGUUGCUGCAGGAGCAGCAUUUUAAAACAAGAUAAAACUCACAGGGGAAUGUACUUUUUAAAAAAAAAAAAAAAAGAAAAAAAGAAAAAGGAAAAAAAGGAAAGCUAAAAAAAAGAAAAACGUGCACAUCUGCAGUGACAAAAGACCUGAUAUUCUUUCUCUGUUGGACCACGGCUGAUGGUAAAGUAUGUCAUGCAGUGGAAAGAGACUUUUCCUGUGAAUGUUCCUCAACUGGUUUCUGCUGAGCAAAACACCAUCAGAAAAGGAGAAUGUGAAUAGUUUGUAUUUUGAAAUGGUGUGUCAGGACAGUUUUUUAAAAACCUUGUAUGUUUUUGAAAAUCUCUGGAAGUGUUGAAUUGGUUAAAAUUUUACAUUUGCUCAGUUUAUAGUUUAUAAAAUAACUAGAAAAAUACUGGCAUUAAAGAAUCCUUGUUAGAUGGUGGAAAUCAGAUCCCUAACCCGUGGGAAGUGCUUUUUGGGUGGCUUGUACAUUCUCAUCAAUUGUAUGCUAAUUUAUUGUGUUGUUGUUCCUUUGUGCUCUAGGCAGCACACUUGCCUUCUAUUUAUUUAAAUGUAAACAUUUCAAAGCAGGCCAUAUUCUUUCUGACAGAUUUCCUGUAAACCAGGAUUUGCCUGCCUUUUCCACCUCCCACCCCUCCCGCUCCUUUAAGAAAAGAGAAAAUGUUUCAUUGUGAAGGAGAGGAAAAGAAACAUUUUCUAGCCCAAAGGAAAUGUUCAGCUAUGUUCAGGAAAAAUUACCCAUAUGAUGCUAUCUUAACAUUGAAAUUGCACAUUCAUAUUGGACUGAGACUUUGAAGAUAACUUUUACAUACUUUUGUUUAAACCCCUUUGAAAUGUAUAAAAAUUAAUUUGCAGUUCUAAAUGUAAUGUUUUUAAGCAUUCUGCCUUUUUAGGACACAGUUUGUUUAAGCAAUAUGUUUGGGUCUUGUGAUCACUGUCUGUCACAAGUAGAGUGAGGGGUAAGAGGGUGGGAGGGUAACGGUCAGUUUUGACAAGUUGUGGCAAAGGAAGUAAUUCUUUUCAUUUUUUAAAAAAUGUAAAUAGAAAAGUUUUUAACGGUUUUAUAUAGAUUUCACUAUAAAUAAGCAUUUUAAGACUGACAAAUGUUGAACUGUACAUACAUAUCUCAGCAUAACUGCCCAAUUUUUUGGUGCUGAAGUACUGUAAGUAGAUUUCAUCAACAGUCUCCUAAUUUUUGCAUCUAUAUCUAGAAAAAAAACUGUGAUACUGUAGUUAAUAAAUUCCCACUAGAGUGACACUGAAGAUUUAAACACAAGCAUUUAUAAGAUGCACUGACCUCUGGUAGUUGCCAUCAUUUCUCCCGAGUGGUUAACGACUUACCCGUAGAUGGGGCUGUUGGAUUUUAUUUUAUUGUACAAAUUCAUGUUUAAAAGACUUUGUGAUUGUUUCUAGUUAAGUAACUUUUUAACCUCUCCAGUCAUAGGCUUCUUUGAAAAUCUGAUCACACUAUGAACUCUCCCCAAAAAGACCGACAUGCCAAUAUACAUGUUAGAUUUUACAUACAAUCUUAGGGGUUUGUGGGCCCCUAAGCCUAACCGUGUAUUCAAGGUUAAGCCCUCUGUUAUGGUCAGUCCAUUACUUACAGAUGUAAGUUUUUAUAAAAUAAAAUAUCUUUUAAAUAUUCAUGGGUCAGGUAACAAGAGCAAACUUGAAUAAAGUUAUUAUGUCUACUUCUA